AUGUCAAUCCCCCAACCGCCCAGACAUACAAAUCUCACCUCUUCUCCGUCGUCUCUGCUGCUCCUCCUCUUCCUCUCAUUCUUCAUCCUCGCCUUCUUCCCAACCCUUUUCAUCACCCUAUUGAAACCGCUCUUCUACGUACCACCCCUCAACCUGCUCUCCCCGUUCUUAUCCACACCCACGAUCACUCCAGCAAACACACCCCGAAAUCCCAAUCCGACGAAAAUGGCCUGGUUCCAAACCACUAUAACCCUCCCCCCGCGCUCACGCGGCUCCUACCUAGUAACCGAUCAUGUUGUUGCUGAACUGCCCGAGUUGCGCCGGUAUAAGAAAGGACUGCUUAAUCUCUUCAUCCAACACACCAGCUGCGCCCUCAGUCUGAACGAGAACUGGGAUGCGGAUGUGCGAGUGGACAUGAGUGAUGCACUGGAUCGCCUUGUGCCUGAGGACCGUAAGGGGGAGUUGUAUAGGCAUAGCGCGGAGGGGCCAGAUGAUAUGCCGGCGCAUAUCAAAUCCGCCCUCAUCGGCGCAUCUAUCACCAUCCCAAUCUCUGAUGGAAAACUGGCUACGGGUACCUGGCAGGGUAUCUGGUAUCUGGAAUUCCGCGCCAGCAGGCAUUCGCGCAAAGUCGUGGCAACUAUUCAAGGAGAGACGAACUAG